GCAGCUGCUACCUCCCUGGACGGCGGACCGCCGCCUUCCGCACCCAGGGGCCUGGAUCACCCCUCUCGGACCCAAGAGCCUGGGUCCUCUCUUCCUGGCGCUCCGUUUCCCGGCUCUCAGACCCAGGAGCCCCAGCUUUCGGUUUCAGACCCAGGUGCCCUGGGUCCCAGCCUCCCGGAUCCAAGCGCCCCGGAUCUGCGCUACCAGGACCUAGCCUUCUGCAAACCUCUGCCACCUGGACCUAGGACCCAGGUCCCAGCCUGAGGAACUCUUGUAUUUCCAACAAGCAGGGGCAAGAAACCCAGGCGCUCUCAACUCCCAGCUUUCGGACGCCUGACACUUCGCUCCCCAAUUUGGAGGAGCAGAGGAACCUCAGCGCCCAGCCUGGGGAGCCCAGACACUCCAGUUUCCAAGAGCCAAGGAACCUGGAGCUGUGAAAUCCCAGCUCUAAGAAAACCAUCCACUCCAAAGUUCCAGCCUGCAGACAUUGUGACUCAACUCUCAGUCCUAAGGAAACUCGGCGUCCUGGGAAGGAGCCCCAAGCGCUCCCAGCCUCUAGGCGCCAAGGAACCCCGGUGCUUCCCAUCAUGGUGGCCGAUCCUCCCAGGGGCGACCCCAAAGGGUUCGCGGCGACAGGGGAGACCAAGGCGAACGGUGUCUCGACGUUGAUUCCUGUGGAGGAUCAAGACUCGGCGGCCGGCGGCUGCUGCAGUUCCCGGGCGCAGGUGCGCCGCUGCCUUCGCGCCAAUUUGCUGGUGCUGCUGACGGUGGUGGCUGUGGCGGCAGGCGUGGCGCUUGGGCUAGGGGUGUCAGGGGCCGGCGGCGCGCUCGCCCUGGGCCCCGCGCGCCUGGCGGCCUUCGCCUUCCCGGGCGAGCUGCUGCUGCGCCUGCUGAGGAUGAUUAUCCUGCCUCUAGUGGUGUGCAGCCUGGUCGGCGGCGCUGCCAGCCUGGACCCGAGCGCUCUUGGCCGCCUGGGCGCCUGGGCGCUGCUCUUUUUUCUGGUCACCACACUGCUCUCUUCGGCGCUCGGCGUGGGCUUGGCGCUGGCGCUGCAGCCGGGUGCUGCCUUCGCCGCCAUCAACGCCUCGGUCGGAGUCCUGGGCGAUGGCAAACCGGCCCCCAGCAAGGAAGUGCUGGAUUCCUUCCUGGAUCUUGUGAGAAAUAUCUUCCCCUCCAACCUGGUGUCCGCAGCCUUCCGCUCAUAUGCCACCCACUAUGAAAUAAGAAAAGUCGCCGGAGACCAGAACGAAACAUUGGUAAAGGUGCCCCUGGGGGGUGAGGUGGAAGGAAUGAACAUCCUGGGCCUGGUAGUGUUUGCCAUUGUCUUUGGCGUGGCCCUGCGGAAGCUGGGGCCCGAGGGGGAGCUACUUAUCAACUUCUUCAACUCCUUCAAUGAUGCCACUAUGGUGCUGGUCUCCUGGAUCAUGUGGUAUGCCCCUGUGGGCAUCUUGUUCCUGGUGGCCAGCAAAAUUGUGGAAAUGGAGGACGUGGGGACGCUCUUCGCCAGUCUGGGCAAGUACAUCUUGUGCUGCCUGCUGGGCCACGCCAUCCACGGGCUCCUGGUGCUGCCCCUCAUCUACUUCCUGUUCACCCGCAAGAACCCCUACCGAUUCCUGUGGGGCAUCAUGACCCCGCUGGCCACUGCCUUCGGGACCUCUUCCAGCUCUGCCACGCUGCCUCUGAUGAUGAAGUGUGUGGAGGAAAAGAACGGCGUGUCCAGACACAUCAGCCGCUUCAUCCUGCCCAUCGGCGCCACGGUCAACAUGGACGGCGCCGCGCUCUUCCAGUGCGUGGCUGCAGUAUUCAUUGCCCAGCUCAACCAACAGCCCCUGGACUUAGUGAAGAUCAUCACUAUCCUGGUCACUGCCACAGCGUCCAGCGUGGGGGCAGCAGGCAUCCCUGCUGGAGGAGUCCUCACUCUGGCUAUCAUCCUCGAAGCUGUCAGCUUGCCUGUUCAUGACCUCUCCUUGAUCCUGGCUGUAGACUGGCUGGUGGACCGGUCAUGUACCGUCCUCAACGUGGAAGGUGACGCCUUUGGUGCGGGACUCCUCCAAAAUUACGUGGACCGCACAGAGUCAAGGAGCCUGGUGCCUGAGCUGAUCCAGGUGAAGAGCGAGACACCCCUGCCUCAGCUUCUGUCAGCACCCCCUGAGGAAGGAAACCCCCUCCUCAAACCCUGCCUAGGCGCCGCUGGGGAUGCUGACACCUUUGAGAAGGAAUCGGUCAUGUAAAUGCUGGUAGGGACCUUCCCUGCCCUGAUGUGGGGGUGGGGCGCUUUGGACACUGGGAUCAUGUAGGUUGGAUAAACGGACAAAGUGGGGUUCAGGGGGCCCCGUGCACACACUCCAGGGGUCCAGAGGCCCCAGCCUCCACCCUGACAUCAGAUCUUGGAGGCUACGCUGCAUGGGAUGUAUGUGGAUGUGUGUAUGUAAGUGUGUCUCCCAAAUCUCCCCAGUCUUCAACUCCUGGCCCCUACCUAGGGCUAGGAAACCAUGAGAAGGAGAAGUAACUGUCCCCUCACUCCACCCCAGAAGCCUGCCAGGCCUCCCCCUUUCUCAGCAUACAGGUCAAGAUAUAGAAUUUUACCCUCUUUGAGGGAAGGACGUUCUGACAGAAUGCUUGCUCCUUUGUUGGUUAUUGUUGGUGGCUGUGAGGUGUGUGUGUGUGUGUGUGUGUGUGUGUGUUUGUACAUGUGUGGCGUGUAUCUCCUAUGACUGCCUACUCUCUCCAUGGUACGUUCCACCCUGUCCCCAGGUCCUCUGUUCCCUCCCCAGUAAAAGAAACACUUCUGGGACCCUGGGGGGAGACUGAGGACAAAUACUGCUGUCACUCCGGAGUACAUUUUUUUAGCAAUAAAAUAGUGUCAAGUAUAUCUGAUCAGGUGGUUUCUUAGAAUUUGAUUAAAUGCACUAGCCAUGACCAAAAAAAAAAGAUAAAUUGGACUUCAUCAAAAUAAAACAUCUGUUCAUCAAAAAACACA